UGCAUCCACUUCGAUUCAUAUCACUUUUUACCUUGUUUGCUUUAUUGAAAGCUACCGAAAUUAGUCACUCAUCCGACAAUGGCGAAGACGAGGCAACGACAAACGGCUCAGUUAUUCGAGAACUCAUCAAGCGCGUAGAGGUUCUCGAAGCACGUGACAGGAGGCAAACGCAAGCAAUUGAGAAACUUGAAAGGGACCAGAAACAAGAAAUGGAUGAACUUAAGAGAGAACUUGCCAAUCAAAAAGAUUAGAUAGUAAUCUUACGGAAGAAAAGCACUGGACAGGAUCACCUGUUGUCCAAAUUAAUGCGACGUAUGAAGCCGCGUGCAGGGACUUUGGUAACAGCCCCUGAAGUAAGCAAAGACGGGGUUCAGCAGACGAUAUUUGAAGUUAACAGAAUACGCCGAGCCGACAAUGAAGUGCCUGUUGCUUUUACGCCUGUUGCUUUUACUGCUGGGCUUACACACACGAUCCCUCACGCUGGUGCACACCAGAAUAUAGUCUUUGACCACGUAGAAACCAACAAAGGUAACGGCUACAACCCUCAUCAUGGCGUGUUCACUGCACCUGUUCCAGGUCUCUAUGUCUUCUUCACAUCCAUUCUCGCUGACAACAAUCGCGAAGUUUGGUGUCAAAUAGUCGUAAAUGGCGUGAUUAAAGCAUCCGUGUACGCACGUGGCACAGACACUCGACAUGACCAGGGAAGUCAAGUAAUGAUAAUUCAGCUUCAACAAGGUGAUACUAUCUCUGUUCAAAAUUUAGCGGCUGAUUACGCCAUUUACGGUGACGGGGACAUCUAUUCAACAUUUUCCGGAUUUCUUCUUCAGCAAGAUUUUUCCGAAGCCGGUACUGUUGUUGGAUAAAUGCAAUGUACCUUUCAUUUAUAAAAUAUUAAAGUAAAAUUGUUCUUUCUAUA